AUGUCUGUGAAUAAUCCAUCAGACUCUGGAGGUGGAGGAGGUGCUGAGGUAGCGUUUUCGAAUCCACCUUCGAUGAGCGAUAUGGAUAUGGGCGCCAUGGGUGCCUGGGCCGAAAUCAUGGCCGAAGAGCAGGUUCAAACUUUGCCUCAAAGCGAAAAAAAAGAAGAUGUUGAAACACAGGAACAAAGUGUAGAGGAAAACGACGCUGCAGUUCGAAAGCAGCCGGAACAACAGUAUUUUGCAGUCCAGGUAACAAAUUUGCCCGCCUGCACAAACGAGGAACUUUUCUACCAUUUUGGUGGUGAUAGCAUUGUACGCGACAUCGCAUUUUUACCCGAUCGUCGGUGUGCAGCAAGAAUUGACUUAUUCACAAUCGAAGGACUGAAGCGUGCGAAAGAACUUGAUGGACAACAAUUCAGAGGUCGAACUCUGAGAGUAUACGAGAUUCGAGAAGAUAGAGUUCGCGAAAGACCAAUUCAGCAUGACUUUCAAAAUCGCCAGUACAGCCACGAGCCACCUCCUUACAGCCGCGAAAGCAGCAGGUACAAUAGCCAGUCUAGUCUUUACAGUAACGAUGCAAGGAAUUACGACAGGGGAAAUCGUUCUUUCAACUCCUCGAACGACUAUCGCAACAGUAAUCAGUAUCGCGGUCCUAUGGGUGGAACGUUCCCUCGGGGAAAGUACUUCAACGCCUACGACGAAUACAACAACAUGGGACGUUACGUUUCGGGAAGCCAACCUUAUCGGGGUGGUGGCCCAUAUUAUAAUCAUCAGUACAAUGGUGGCGGUUAUCCGCCUCGACCACGCGGUGUGCAAGGACGUGGCGGCUACAGCGGAGGACGAGGAAAUUACUAUGGAAGCCAAGAAUUACAGCGAAGCGACAGCUACCAUCAUGACGAAAGAGACAAGCCAGCGCCUAUUGCACGCUCUCGCACGGAGUCUACGGCGUUUGAUGCUGAAAGACGUAGAAUGGAACUGUCUAGAACAUCAUCUCGGUUGAGUACGAGCACUGAAGAUGUAGAUAACCAGCCUGCAAGAGUAGUUCCGAAGAAGCUCACCAAUAAAGACAUAUUUGGUGAAGCUAAGCCAGUCGAUACUUCAGAACGACUUCGAGAAAUAGAAGCGAAGCAAGAAAGAGAACGGCUGCUAGAGGAGCAGAAAUACAAGGAGGAAGCAGAAGCAGCACGUCUGGCUGCUGCGGCUGAACAUAAUGAUAAUCCCCCACCAAUCCAUCAUCCUCACCAAUACGCCGCCCAUCAUGGUCACGUUGCACACCAUAACACGCAUCAUCAGUAUCAUCACGCACCAUCGCGACAAGGUCUUCCUCCUCAUGCCCCGUACGUUCCGUACCAAACAUCCCACAAUAUACAACAACAUUCUCAACAACCCCAUCCAAAUACUGGUCAGUAUCAUCCACAGCAGAGAUACGAUGGCGGUGUUGCACCGGGAGGCUACAGAAUCAUGCGCCGUGAGUCAGCCGAUGCUACGGACGCAAGCCCACCACUCGAUCCUGUGCACGCGAAAGCCCCAUUACAAACUUCUAUUACAAAUGAAUCGGAGAAGUCACAGGAAACAACGAACGAGAAUACAUCUUCAGCGGUCGUUUCAUCAGGAGAUGCACUGCCACCAACUAUGAGACGCAACUCAGUUUCUGAUCGCCGUCGUCCCAAUGACUCGAUGAGUAGCAGUGGGACUGAGACGUUGCCACGUCCAGCUGGAAAGCAACGCAUUGUGUACCGUAGCAAGUGUGCUGCUGCACCUCUUCAGAAAAGCGCCACAAUCGGUGAGAUCCGAGAUGCUGUUGCACCACAAAGAGGUCGAGGUGGCCGGGGUGGUCGUAGUGGACGCGGCUAUCAUCGUGGUGGUGGACCUAACGAUAGGCGAAGUAGUUUUUCUGGAGUGGAGAAGCCUGCAACGAUCCCUAGUGGCGGUAAUAAACCUGUUGAGCUAGAAAAUGAAUCCAUCGAGCAAAAACUGUCUACUGAGGAGAGGCCGGAUCGAGCCGAGCGUAAAGAACAUCAUGGCUCGCAUGCGUCGUUGCGUGGAAGCAGGACAGGGACUCUACGGAAAAACCGAGGCGGCUUUCGCAAGGAUAGGACUCCACGAACGUCUCGUGAGGAAGAUGCGUCUGACAUGGAGCUUCGAAAAGAGUCAUUAAAGACCUCUGAAGAACGGUUAGAACGAGUAGAUCGACCCGAGAAACCAGAGAAGAAUGAAGAUAAGCCAACAACUGCUCCCGCAAAGAAAGAAAACGCAAAGACACCUUCCUCGGUAGUCGCUCCAACAACAUCAUCGUCUUCAACCUCGGUUCAAGACAAAAAGAAGGAGAAGAAGAAGACUAAUAAGAAAGAGACUUCGAAAGGAGGAAAAACAUUGAACAAUAACAAAUUCGCUCUUCUCAUCGAUUCAGAGGACUAG